AUGUCGGGAGAAGCGUGGCUCUACCUCUUCGCCGUGUUGAUCAACGCGGUGAACCUGUUCCUGCAGGUGUUCUUCACCAUCAUGUACAGCGACUUGGAAUGCGACUACAUCAACCCGAUCGAUCUCUGCAACCGCCUGAACACGUACAUCAUUCCCGAAGCUGCCGUACAUGGAUUCCUGACUUUUCUCUUUCUAAUCAACGGGUACUGGGUGCCGCUGGUUCUGAACGUCCCCCUGCUGGCGUGGAACGUCAAGAAGAUCGUCGACAACACGCACCUGCUAGAUGCAACGGAAAUCUUCCGGAAACUGAACGUCCACAAGAAGGAGUCCUUCAUGAAGCUUGGCUUCCAUCUGAUCAUGUUCUUCUUCUACCUCUACAGCAUGAUUGUGGCUCUUAUUAAGGACGACGCCAACUAA